GGAACCCCUGGGGCGGGGCGCAGUGCCGGAGAGGCGGUCCGCUGGGGAGCGCUUCCGGGUACAGUAGCGUCGGCACCAUGAGGGUGACUCCGCGCGUGCUGUGCAGCGCUGCCCGCGCCGCCUGGCGGGAGAGCUUUCCCCUGAGCGGGCGCGACGUGGCUCGCUGGUUCCCGGGCCACAUGGCCAAGGGGCUGAAGAAGAUGCAGAACAACCUGAAGUGGGUAGACUGUGUUGUUGAGGUCCAUGAUGCCCGAAUCCCACUUUCAGGACGCAACCCUCUGUUUCAGGAAACCCUUGGGAUUAAGCCUCACCUGCUGGUCCUCAACAAAAUGGACUUGGCGGAUCUUACAGAGAAGCAGAAAAUUAUGCAGCACUUAGAAGGAGAAGGCCUAAAAAACGUCAUUUUCACUAACUGUGUAAAGGAUGAAAACGUCAAGCAGGUCAUCCCCAUGGUCACUGAGCUGAUUGGGAGCAGCUGCCGCUACCAGCGAGGAGAGAACCUGGACUACUGCAUCAUGGUGAUCGGGGUCCCCAACGUGGGCAAGUCCUCCCUUAUCAACUCCCUCAGGAGACAGCACCUCAGGAAAGGAAAAGCUACGAGGGUGGGUGGUGAGCCUGGGAUCACCAGAGCCGUGAUGUCCAGAAUUCAGGUCUGUGAACGGCCACUCAUGUUCCUAUUGGACACUCCUGGUGUGCUGUCUCCUCGGAUCGAAAGCGUGGAGACAGGUCUGAAGCUGGCCCUGUGUGGGACAGUGCUGGACCACCUAGUUGGGGAGGAGACCAUGGCCGACUACCUGCUGUAUACACUCAAUAGGCACCGGCUCUUCAGGUAUGUGCAACACUACGGCCUGGGUGGUGCUUGUGACGACAUAGAGCAUAUGCUAAAGAGCGUGGCUGUGAAGCUGCGAAAGACGCAGAAGGUGAAGGUGCUCACGGGCACAGGUGAUGUGAACAUCAUUCAGCCCAACUAUCCUGCGGCAGCCCGAGACUUCCUCCAGACUUUCCGUAGGGGCCAGUUGGGCCCGGUGAUGCUGGACCUUGAUGUCUUGCAGGGCCACCCCCCUGCUGAGGCAGACCCUUGAUCUGGUGCUGGAGGUGAGGGCACCAGAGGCGUGUGGCCUCCAGACCUUCCCCGGCCUGGGUGUCUGAGGCUCAGGACAGCCCACCCUUUUCUAGAAGCUCCAUGCCAGCCACAUGACUCAGGCCUCUCCUCCCAGAAGGGAUGCUGCACUCCUAGCCCUAUCUUGGCCUGGCUGGCCUGCAUCCUGGGCCCCUGUCACAUAUCUGAGCAGCCUGCAUGUCUGGCCAGCAAGGACGUUCCCACUCUGUGUGAGGUUCGUGCUAUUUUAGAAGGAGGUGUGGUUGUGGUCUCUAAUUGUUACUCUGAAUCAGAAGGCUUGUCUUUGGCUCAUGAACUGUAUAGCUCUUGUGCCGGGGCCCACGUGUUGAAGCCCCUCUCACCUGUGGAAUGCAGGAAAUGGGCAGGUUGGACCGGCGACCUGCAGCCCUACAGCAAGGAAGCACCUUGUUGCCAGCAGAGGGUUUAUUUCACAACACUGGGAUGUGCUCACAGACAGGACAAGAGGUUCUGAAUAGCAAAACCCAGGACUGGCCUCUCCCCUCAGUGCUCUAGCAGCCUGGUCCUAGGGGAGCUUUUGCUCAGCAUUGCUGCAUACAGGCUGGGGGUUUUCUGGUGUGGGCAGUGGGGCCCCUAGGCCUCUGAGCACCUUCUAGCAGGAGAGUGGGACUCUGCUUCAGUGGUUCAGGGAUGGUGUGGGGCCCUUGCUGGCCCCUCUGGAUGUGCACCCUGCUCUUGGUAACUGAAAUGACCCCCCAGCACCAUCUGCUUCCUGCUGAAACCUGACUGCCUGGGCAGGAUGUGCUCAGGUUCACAGCUGUGUCAAAUGCUAAUGUCAAGUGCUGAAUAAACUGGCAUUGAAGGGUGUGAUGUCCAAUGUCUAGAACAUCACCUAGACACACUCCAUAUGGGCUCCCUGCGUUGUGCUGUGUGAGGGCCUGGGUGGACGUCUCGGAAGCUGAAGGGGCUUUGGUGAGUUUCCCUGUCUGUGGGGACACUCAAGACUCUUUUGCCUCCUUGAUGAAAAUGGCAGAACUCCUGUCUCUGAGGACCUGGGCAUGGUUUGUCCUGGCUUGCUGGUCUUUGGUGGCAUCAAACUUGGUCUGCAAGAGAUAGAGGAACAUCUGGCCCAGAGGACGGUGGCAGUGUGGACCUCGAGAGGCUGCAAGGGAGCUGCCUCCUGCAGCUCAGUACCCCAAUGUUUGGAAGAAAGUGCUGGUCCAGGGUCCCCCCAUAGCAUCUAGACAUUCCCCUGGUAGAGCCAUCCGUUGGCCAGCCAGGAAGAGCUGGGUCUGGCAGGCCCUGGGUGAUGUGGUCUCAAAAGUGGUGUCCAGAGCUGAGUCUAUAGGCUCAGAGUUCCCAGGGUGAGGCAGCCAAGGCUGCAGGGUGCUGGGUUCCUGGGAAAACCCAUCCUACCUGGGGAUGGGUGAUUAAAGAGCUGGAGAACAUGGCAAUGAGUGGAGACCCUGCAGUGCAGAGCUCAAAGGAGUGAACCAGGUUGGCAGGUAUCAGAGCAGCAAAGGGUCAGUCUUAGGCACAGAGAAAGGCACAGACAAAAGUCCUUGUCAAGACUAGCCCAGUGCUUCCUGAAGCCACUCUGGGCAUCUGCCCUGUCCUUAGAAUGUCCUUGCAGGGUGAGGGCUCAGCCUGCUCCUGCCUAGGUUUCCUACUGUACCUGCUGGUGCUGGGACCCAUUGCUGUAGUCACCCUUCUUCCAAGGAUCUGCUGGUGGCCAUAAUCAGUCAGGGGUCUCAGCUGAACUCCUGGCCUCUGCCAAGCUGCCAUUCACACUAUGCUGUUGCCUAAGCCCCUUGCUGGGCUUGUCCACUGCUUCUGAGGAAGGGUUGCUGCUGGGGGACUGGGGCUCUUCGUGGUACUGGCAGUUGCCAUACCUAGAUGUAGGUGAGAACUGUGUGGUCCCCAUGUGAACCUUAAGUUCAAAAAAAAAUGGAAAGUCCCGGAAUGUGGGUUUUUUCUUCCCCUAAACAUGUCCAAGACACAUUUCAAGUGGUUGGAAGAUUCUCCAAGGGAGAGGGGCAGGGCCCCUGGCAGUGGAUCUCCAGUGAGUCUGUCCAGAAGAUGGGGUGCAGCCUGGUGUGGGUGAAUCCAGCAAGUGGCAAGCCUGCAGCCUCUGUGGGCAGGCAUGUUUGGGAGCCCCGAUGGGCCUUGCUAGGUUGGAUAGUUUUCCUGCUUGGGGUGUUCCUGGGCUGUGAAGUCCACAAUCUGCUCUCUGGGAAGGAGGAUAGCACCAGACAUCUGCACUACCACCUGGGCGGAUGUUCUCUGCCCUCCCUUGCCUGAAAUCCUGAAUUCCUUCCGUCCAUUCCAUCUGCUUUUGUGGCAGUCAGCCCAGCCUAGGGUAGCCUCUAGUGGCCCUUGGGCAGCACCAGGGAAGCAGGAGUGGCCCGAGCCUAGUCUUGGUACUGCCGUUUGGGCAGCUCUGCAGAAUGGAGGGCAACUGGCUAGCUGGUGCAAGAACUACUGGAUGCUUGUCCUGGCAGGGAGACUCUGACAGCCUGGAGCCUGGGCACUGGUCUCUGGUGGGUGUGAGUUUGGAGAUGGGCUUGGGUGGGUUGGGGGAUAGGGGUUCCACGGGCAGGAGAGGCUGCAGCUCU